AUGAGAGCCGGAAUUGCACCUACGGCAUCUUCCUCAUGUGGCCGUGAUGUGACCAGGCAGCUGGCAGCAGCAGAAAGCGAGGCAGGUCACAGGUGCCAGAAGAAUUAUCAAUCUCUCACUCCCACGGCAAACAAGCACAAACGCUUCCCCUCCCACGUGCAGCCUGAAGACGGGAAAGGCAGCCACCCCGGGCAUGAGAUUCUUGUGCUGGAGAAGAGCACAGUCUCUGUGUUGCAAGUGAAGGUUACAGCUCACAUCAAGAUCAAGACAUUGAUGCUUGCAUACAGAAUAGAGAAUGCUUCGCACUCUCCUUCUACUCACUCUUACGAGCCUGAGGUCAGAAACUGGACAUUAUUUACUUAUAAAGCUGUUCUAAAACAGAAAAUUAAACUGGACUGUGUCUCCGAACCUGUAAUAAACCCUGCACAAGCAGUGCCUAGGAUUCAUUGUCCAUCCCUGGAGCGCUUCAGAUCAGAUUUCCUGGAUCCUCAGAAGCCUGUGAUUAUAGAGGGAAUCACUGACCACUGGCCAGUCUUAACAGAGCAUCCAUGGAGCAUAGACUACUUCAGAACUAUCGCUGGCUGCCGGACGGUACCUAUUGAAGUGGGAUCCAAGUACACUGAUGAAAAGUGGUCACAAAAGCUCAUUACAAUGAAUGACUUCAUAGACCGCUACAUUAUAGGAACAGCAGAGGAUGGAGUGGGAUAUCUGGCUCAGCAUCAGUUGUUUGAUCAGGUUCCAGAGCUGAAAGAUAUUCGCAUCCCAGACUAUUGUUGUCUUGGAGAGGGAGAUAAGGAUGACAUUACAAUUAAUGCCUGGUUUGGGCCUGGAGGGACUGUGUCUCCUCUCCAUCAGGAUCCUCAACAGAAUUUUUUGGCACAGGUGGUUGGAAGGAAAUACAUCCGGCUCUACAGCUCAGAUGAAACAAAAAAUCUCUAUCCACAUCAGUCUCAGCUACUACACAACACCAGUCAGGUAGAAGUGGAGAAUGCAGACCUGGUGAAGUUCCCAGACUUCUCUAAAGCCUUCUAUCAGGAGUGUGUUCUCCAGCCCAGAGAUGUCCUCUUCAUCCCUCAACAGCACUGGCAUUAUGUGCGCUCUCUAGAGCUCAGCUUUUCUGUCAGUUUUUGGUGGUCCUAAUUUGUAGAGAAUAAAACGUGCCCAGUGUGUGUGCUGUCAAGUCUUAUAACAUUGUCUUUAUUUGUACAAAUGCCAA